CUCUGUAUUGUUGUGUAGCAUUGUGUGUAGUGACGUAACCAUUGUAUUUAAUAUGUGUUAGAAUAAACGACAGAUGUUUAGUAUGCGCCUGUACCAGCCAUUACAGGUUCAUCUAGACAUUUGUUUUACCAAUAAAUCUGUGUUUUAUUUACCUUCUUAUACUGAAAUUUAUAUUCAAAUAAUUAGUCCUGAUCAUAGAUAGAUAUACGUACAGAGCUAAGUCUACAUCUACUAUAUUUUGUCUAAAGAGUCAAGUCAGUCAAGUACGGUUAGGUAUAGGAAAAAAUACUUUAUGAUAAUGGUUAUUAGGUAGGUACGGAUUCAAUGAUACUGCUCAGGUUAUUGGUUCUCUUUUAAACAUUCUCAAAAUACAAAAGAGGUCUCAACAAACGCAUAGGUACCAUCUUGAUUUCCAUCCGUCAUUUUUAAAACGUCAAAUAGCAAGAUUGGUAUGAAAUAGUAGAUCUAACCAAAAAAAGGAGCAUAAAAAUCAAAAGUGUGAUGGAAAAAAAAUAUAUUAAUGAAAUCGCAAAGUGAAAAUGUUAGAUAUAGGGGGGACCAGUAGUAUAACUCUCACGCCGCUUGCAUGGCAGGCAAAUCUUCUGUGAUACAGAAUUUCUGCGACACGAACUUGGAGGUUGUCGCGAAGUGGUUGAGUUGUAACGGCGAGAUAUGGGGGGUGGGACCGACGACGGUGUUUGCCAGUGCAGCUGCCCUCUUCCUCUACAACGAACUGGAGGCCACCGUGUUCAUCGCUGGAGACCAAGCACAUGUCUCCUGGCUAGAAAAGACUUUGAUUUCCACCAUGGUUCUCGGUAUGCUGGCUCUGAUGAUCCACCUGUGGGUCUGUUCCAUGCGGUUCUUCCAGUACUAUCUGGACACGCUUAUAAGAGAUAGUCCGAGCAUGCUAUUGGAGAUGACGACAGCGAGUCUGCUGGGCGGGCAGGCUGAGAUCAUGCCGCUAGGCCCGCUGACCAGGUUCCUACGCCAGCAGCAACCGCAGAUCCACAUGACGGUCUGCUGGUUCCUGUCACUCUGCUACGCAGACUACGUUCGUAAAAACUACUGCCAGAGGUUCAACAUGCCGUAUUUGGAACAGUGGCAAACCGAGUUGCACAGUCGUGCCGUACGGGGACUCCACAGCACAGUGGAGAAGGUCAACAGCUUUGUCGGCUCCGUCCAUCAACGGCUGAGAGGGUUUGCACCACCAGGUCACAUGGAAACCUGCCCGAUGACGGACUGCACCACGUAUACAGUGGGAGCGCGUCUUGCAAAAAGUCAUCGGGCAACGUCAGCGACACGUGCAGUCGGGUCUCUUGGGGUGAUCGGCAACCGUGUGAAUCUACCGCGGCGCUUUCAAAACCGCAGAAAGAUUUCGAUGUACGGCUGGUCACCCAGUCGAACGAGACCACUGAUGCUAUCGAGAAACUUAGGAACUACGUCGCAUCGACGAGGUGCACGUGCAAUCCACAGGACUCCGGCGUCGUUGGUGCUAUCGCCGAUAAAGAACCCAAGUCUUGAAGACUGUCCCUGGAGAAGCAUCGAGAAGAUUCCGUUCAAUACACUUGUUAGAUGAUUUUGGGUCUAUUAAAUAUUUGUUAUGACUAAAUGAAGUAUCUAAUUUCUUAGAGCAAUUUUUAUGUAGGUUAUAACCUAA